AUGCCGUGGCGUGUCAGCGACCGAGGACGUUGGUCCCGGGCUGGCGGGGCAGCGGCGCCCAUUCCAGGACUGGCUCAAGAGCGGUUGGCGCCGCUGGCGGCGUUGGUAUGCGACCGGGCGGUGUUUGCGGCUCGGUUGGCGCCGGACGCGGACUGGGACUUUAGUGCGACGUCGCGGCUAUUCCGGUACGCGCAGGUGAUGGGUUGUAACUGGCCUGCGUUGUGCGAUAUAUUGAACUCGCCCGAGGAAGGCGACCGCCCACGGUACGUAUUGCCCGAAGACUCUGACCAAGAAGGCAUUCCCAAGACCGGCGGUUGGGUACUCCACGGUCGGCAGGGCAUCGGUUCCGAAGAAGGAAUCGGUGAGAGACUUGGUGCCGAGGAGAGACUGGGUGCAGAAAGGGAUUUAGGCCCAGAGGGGGGGUUUGGGCCGUCACAGAGCGGCCCACAGGGACAGGGGGCGCUGGCGGCUGGGCUUAGCGGAGGUGGUAGAGGGUCUCUGCUUAGUUCUCAGAACGGAAAUGCGUCUCAGCCGCAGUUCACCAUUUACCAAGUGAAGAGUCGGUUGUUUGCUGUAUUGCGGGAACUAACAGGUGAGAAGACGCGGUAUAAGUACGACGCGAAGGCGGACGAGCAGCGACGGCUGAUUCUGCUAGAUCGGUACAACGUAGACAGUGCGGCGGCGGCGAACGAGCAGCGGCUUCGUGAGGCGCUAAGUGCAUUGCAGCAAAUGUCGAAGGAGCUCAAGGCGGAGCCGAAGGCCACGAAAACAGCAUUGCCGACGUCGGGAGAGAAGUCGGCACUGGUUGCCGAGACGGAGACAGGGCAGUUCGUGGUCAACGACGCCGGGCUUGUGCUUACGCUCAUGGAACUGGCACCGCCGUUGGCCCUCAUGGAGCACAUUGUUAACCCCGGUGGCACAAGCAAGGGCGUCGUACUUUGCUCACACCUCGUCAAAACCGCCGAAGACGCCGUCCUACAUGCACUCAAGAAACAGUCUUCAGCCGGAAAGGAGUAUCAUGAAUCAAUUUAUAGAGCACUCAAACGAGCCCGAGACGACCCCGAUAUUGAUUCUGGACUCCGUACCGUUGAUGGAGAACUCCUCAGACCCACUCUCUACUUCCAACGAGACAAAUUCACACCCUACAUCUUCUCCCUCCACUGCCUCAAAUCCUACGCGUAA